AUGUCACCCACCAGCGCCCCAGGAUACGUCGGCAACUUGUCGGCAGACCAGGAGGCCAAGCUGCGCCAGCUCUGGUCCAUCAUCCUGAAGUUGAAUGAGAUCUCGCCUCCUGGAUUUCAGGACGUGACUCUGGAGAACCAGCAAGACAAGCCGCAGCCCGUCCAUCGUCGCAGCUCAUCCCUGACGAAAACCGUGUCCAACACGAGCAACUCCAACUACCCAUCCGAUCUGAACGACAUCCUGCUUGGCCUUGGGGUCAACAGCAGCGAGCUGAAGACCAUUCGGGACUGCCUGAACCGUACCUCGAUUGAGGAGAUUCGCCGCAGCUUGCUGAGCACCGCCAAGCAGGAUCAUCCUGAUGCCUUGCUCCUCCGGUUCAUCCGCGCCCGGAAGUGGGAUAUCAGCAAGGCUCUUGCCAUGAUGUUGGAGGCUCUGGUGUGGCGGGUCAAGGAACAACACGUUGAUGAAAAGGUGGUGGCCAACAGCGAACUACAAGCAUUGAAGGAGUCGCAGAACAAGUCCAAGGCACAGGAGGCCAAGGCGGCCGACACCUUCCUGGCGCAGAUGCGCAUGGGUAAGUGUUAUGUGCGUGGCACCGACCGCGCUGGUCGGCCGAUUGGAAUUGUCAAGGCCCGUCUGCACAACCCCAAAGCCCAGAGCGAGGAGGUCAUCAAGCGGUAUAUUCUGCAUGUCAUUGAGUCGACCCGCUUGCUGCUGGUGCCUCCCGUGGAGUCGGUGAACAUCAUCUUCGAUAUGACCGGCUUUUCGCUAUCCAACAUGGAAUACGCGCCCGUGAAAUUCCUGAUUGAUUGUUUCCAAGCCAACUAUCCCGAGUCGCUGGGCGUCAUGCUGAUUCACAACGCCCCCUGGGUCUUCUCGGGAAUCUGGAAGAUUAUCAAAGGAUGGAUGGACCCCGUGAUUGUGUCCAAGGUCGACUUCACAUACACUGCCAAGGACCUCGAGAAGCACAUCGCCCCUGACCAGCUGGUCAAAGAGCUCGGAGGACAGGACCAGUAUGAGUAUGAGUUUGUUGAGCCGGCCGACGGCGAGAACGAGAAGAUGGCCGAUGUGACCACGCGCGAUGCUCUCCUGGCCGAGCGGGAGAAGAUUGGCGAGGAGCUGCUCAAGGCCACUGCGGAUUGGAUAGAUGCGGUGAAAGAGAAGGACUCCGACAAGAUCUCCUCGGCCAAACAGCGCCGGGAUCAGGUCAUUGAGAACAUGCGACUCAACUAUUGGAAACUCGAUCCUUACGUCCGCGGCCGGGGGCAUCUGGAUCGUGUCGGGGUGAUUCGCGAGGGCGGAAAGAUUUCAUUCCACCCCGAGUCUGAAUCGGAAACGGAGGUGCAAGAAACCAAGGCCCUGGAGGUGGAGCAUAUCGAGAGUACGCAGUCUCAGACGGUAAAUGCGUAG